AUGUCCCUCCAAACCGUCUUCUUAGCCGGCCUCCCGCUCAUCUGCUGCGCCUGGUCCUCACCCUCCGACAUAUCCACUCCCGCGACCAGCAACGACAUCAGCGCCUGCAGCAUUGUGCUCCUCGUCAUGGCGGAGCGCAUGCAAACCGCGAAGAAGUAUCGCAACGCGUUCGAGGUUGUGCGAGCGAAAAUCGCCGACCAGAUCGCUGAGGGUGGCAUGAUAGCGCCGCGACAGGCUGUUGGAAGUGCGGAGGAGGGGCUGGGAAAUACGGAGCAGUUUGAGGAGAUGGUAAGGUUAAUGGCGGGGCAGCAGGGGGAAGGGACUUGGGGGAGGAAUGGGAUGGAAGGCGAGUGGGACGAGUGGGUCCUCUACCAAGCGUCAAGUGGCUCAGUGAAUACGUGA